GCUGACGAUCAGUUUUCGCUGAGUUAUCGGCGCGAGAAGACGUUAUUCAACAAUUUAGUCGCUUUAGAGUCGAGGUCUUAAAGGACUUACACAUGGUACUAGUGCAGCAACAACAACAACAAGUUGAAAGAACUUGAUAGUAUAAAUUAGUUAAUUGAUUUGUGGUAAUAAAUUAAACUUGUUGAUCGCGUCGCGAUAUACGAAACGUGCGUGUAAGCUGAACGUGGAUCAAUAUUAGAGAAAGAAACACCUUUUACCUCUGGAGAUGAGUGUUUUACUCUUCUUGGUCGCCACUCUAGUGGGCUAUGUAGUCUACUCACUAUUCCAGUCACUGAAACGUCCACGGAAUUUUCCACCAGGACCCGACUUCGUGCCAUGGAUGGGCAACACCAUACAAAUGCGGAAAGAGGCACGCGCCAGUGGUGGCCAACAUCUGGUGUUUGAGAAAUGGUCCAAGAAGUACAACAGCGACAUUUUAGGACUCAAGUUGGGUAGCGAAUACGUCGUGGUUGCGCUCUCGUAUCCAUUAGUGCACGAGGUACACACGAGCGAAGUGUUCGAUGCACGACCCGAUAAUUUCUUUCUGCGCCUGCGUACAAUGGGCACCCGCAAAGGCAUCACUUGCACCGAUGGCCAACUUUGGCAGGAGCAUCGUAAUUUCGCCAUGCGUCAGAUGCGACAUGUCGGCUACGGACGUACUGAGAUGGAACAGUACAUUGAGAAGGAAGCAGAUGGUUUGCUCACAUUUAUCGAUGAGCUGCAGGGAGCACCUACCUGGCCGGGAUCGUUUCUGGCACCGAGUGUACUCAAUGUGCUGUGGACCUUGACGGCGGGUAAGACGAUCGGACGUGAUGAUAAGCGUUUGCAGAAACUGCUGGAAUUGUUGAAUCGGCGCUCAAAGGUUUUUGACAUCUGUGGUGGUGUGUUGUCGCAAAUUCCAUGGUUGCGUUUCAUAGCGCCCAAUUGGACCGGUUAUAACCUGAUCUGUCAAAUGAAUAAAGAGAUGCACGCAUUCUUUCUGGAAGCGAUUAAUGAGCAUCGCGUUAGCAUCACAAAAGAUAAUGAAGAAAGUGAUCUCAUAUAUGCGUACAUUAAGGAGAUGAAUGAACAUAGCGACGAAGCGGAGAAUAGCACCUUCAGUGAGACCCAAUUGACAAUGACUAUUUUGGACUUCUUCAUUGCCGGCUCACAAACAACCAGCAAUACCACCGAUUUGGCAUUAAUGUUGCUUGCCCUCAAUCGUGACGUACAAAAGCGUGUUUAUGAUGAAAUCACCGAUAAUUUGGACAAACACAAAAUUCCCGUUAAUCUAUGUAAUCGCGAAUAUUUCCCAUAUACGAACGCUUUCAUUAUGGAAGUACAACGCUAUUUCCACAUAACACCAGUGACCGGUCCACGUCGUGCAGUGCGCAAUACCACGCUUGGCGGUUAUAAUGUUCCCAAAGACACAACGAUACUAAUUGGGCUGCGUGUGGUACAUAUGGACAAGUCGCACUGGGGCGAUCCGGAAGUCUUUCGACCGGAACGUUUUCUCGAUGCUGAGGGUAAAGUCUUCCGCGAUGAGUACUUUAUGCCAUUUGGUCAGGGUCGUCGUCGUUGUCUGGGCGAUGCUUUAGCUCGUGCUUGCCUGUUCUCGUUCCUCACCAAGAUCGUUCACCGUUUCCGCAUUGAGUUGUGUGAAGAAGCUUUGCCAUCGGUGGUGCUACAACCGGGCAUUACGCUAACACCAAAGCCAUACAAAGUACGAUUUGUAAAUCGACUAUGAGUAUCGUUGGAUCAUAGCUGCGUACAUUACCGCUUUUUCGGACUUAGAGGGGAUAUCCAAAUUUAUAUUUAGAAAAUAUAUAAAAUAAAUUUAUAUUGUAUAAGCUUAAAAGACAAUACGUAUACUUACCGUUGUAGAAUAUUUUAUGUAAUCUUGAUUUAUAUGCAAAUAUAGAAUUUAGAAGGGAACUCAA